UUUUAGCAGCAGCCAACAACCCUGAUAAAUACUACUAAAACACAUUCGAUUCCAAUUCCAGCAACAAACAUUCCAACACCAACAGAACUUGCUCUACCACUAAUACUAUCCGUCAACCGGAGAAAAUGAGCGGUGCCGGAAAGACGGUGUGCGUUACCGGAGCAUCUGGCUACAUAGCUUCAUGGCUCGUCAAGCUCUUACUUCACCGUGGUUACACUGUCAAAGCAUCUGUUCGCGAUCCCAACAACCCUAAGAAAGUAGACCACUUGCUUAAACUUGAAGGAGCAAAGGAAAGGCUUCAUUUGUUCAAAGCAAACCUACUUGAAGAAGGCUCUUUUGAUGCUGCAGUUGUUGGUUGUGAAGGUGUUUUCCACACAGCAUCUCCCUUUUUCCAUGCAGUCACUGAUCCACAGGCAGAAUUAAUUGAUCCUGCAGUGAAAGGAACAUUGAAUGUGCUUAAUUCAUGUUCAAAAGCUUCAUCAGUUAAAAGAGUAGUUGUGACAUCAUCAAUUGCUGCAGUUGCUUAUAAUGGUAAACCAAGGACUCCUGAAGUUGUAGUUGAUGAAACCUGGUUCUCUAAUCCAGAUUUUUGCAAGGAAAUGAAGAUGUGGUAUGUGGUGUCCAAAACUUUGGCUGAAGAAGCUGCAUGGAAAUUUGCAAAAGAAAAAGGAUUGGAUAUUGUCACCAUAAAUCCAGCAAUGGUGAUUGGUCCUUUAUUACAGCCUACACUUAACACUAGUGCUGAAGUUAUUGCAAACCUAUUCAAUGCACAAACAUAUGGAAAUUCAAGCUUUGGUUGGGUUAAUGUUAAGGAUGUUGCAAAUGCACAUAUUCAAGCUUUUGAAAUCCCUUCAGCAAGUGGAAGAUAUUGUUUGGUUGAAAAAGUUGCUCAUUUUUCAGAAAUAGUCCAAAUAUUACGCAAACAUUAUCCUGAAUCUCAACUUCCACAGAAGUGUGCGGAUGACAAGCCUUUUGUUCCUACGUACCAAGUGUCAAAGGAAAAGGCAAAGAGCUUGGGUAUUGACUAUAUUACCCUUGAAGAAAGCCUCAAGGAGACUGUGGAAAGCUUGAAGGAGAAGGGCUUUAUUGGGACUUCAUCAAACAUGUGAAAUCAUUCUCUCACAACUUGUCGUGGAGAUUGAAUAAUAAAAAGAUGUUUUAAGUAAAUUUACAUAAUGGAAUUAUGUAUUAUGAACGAAAUGUAUUGGAGCUUAUUACGUCCUUUGUUUCUAGA